GUCGAUGCAAGUGCAAGUGCAAGUGCAAGUGUGGCCUGGUCGAAGAGAGUGUCUCGUGUGUGUUGUUGUGGUGGUGGUGAACACCGCCAUGUGUGUGAUGGCGUCGGUCUUGAGUGAAAGAGGCGCCUACCUACCUACGUACCGACGCAAUUCUCCUGAAAUACAAGAAGCUGGCAGCUGUCGCCCAGCCUCGACACAAGAAGAAAACUCUGGCUUGAUCACAGCCUCCUUCGUUGCCUUGCCCCCUUUUCCCGACUGGUGUCUGUUACAUUUGGCCGUUAGUCGUUUCCCUCAUUCCCGGUACCAACCCUCAUGACAUGAGACGGAGUUUUCUGCUCAUGUCACAUUUCUCCAUAAAAGGCAGUCGUACUGGCAGUGUUAUUCCCUGGAUGCCAUCAGCGUGUGCUCCCAUCGACUUGCAGCCGCCUGCACUGCGACCAUCAUUUCGUUUCGUUUCCCAUUCAAGACUUACUACUGCACGCACACUUUAAAUUGCCCGCUGCUCGAUCCCACUUCUCCAGGUCCAAUCCCCUUUCCAUGUUUCAAAGUCACCAGCUUCACACUUUGCCUAUCAGCCCAUGACCGAUCUCAUCACCACGCGGACGCGGAGCUUCAUCGUUAAUUUACUAACUUACAGAAGCCCACAUCAGUACCGUACCGCAACGAAACGCCAACAGAGUGGUAAGAAGCUC